UAUGUCCUUGCAGAGGUGGCGCGCAGUGCCGCCUACUUCCUAUGAAAAAAGUGUUUACUUUUUUUGGUAGCUAUUUAGCUAGCUAGCUAGCUCUUAGCUAUAUUUUUAGCAUUUAGCUUGUAGCCAUAUGUUCUCCACAGUUUUCAAAGGAUAGCUAUAAUUAUCAUCGUCAUCAUCGAACUCUACGCAGCAGAACAACACUUGACAAAGGUAAUCUCCCUGUGACCAUGGAAGAGGUGCAGCAGAACAGCAAUGGCACAGAGUCCCAGAUUAUCACUAUCCCAACCACCAUCACAGCCUCUCAGAUAUCACAGAUAGCCCAGCAAAUGUCUCUGGGCGGUUCUCCUGUGACAGUGGUUCAGCUUCCAGGUGGUCAGUUUCAAGUCCAGGGAGUCAUUCAGUCUGCACAGUCCUCAGUCAUUCAGUCUCCUCAGGUGCAGACUGUGCAGGGCCAGGGCUCAGACAGUGAUGACUCACAGGACUCGUCAGACAGUGGAGCUUCUGCCCAGAAGACUAGAGAGAUCUUAGCUCGACGACCAUCCUAUAGGAAAAUCCUAAAUGAAUUGUCUGCUGAGGAAGUGAUGUCACGCAACGAUGGAGAGGAUGACAUUGCUGCUUCCUCUGGUGUAACAACAGUCACAGUCCCCACCACCCCCACCAUCUACCAGACGAGCAGCGGCCAAUACAUUACUAUUGCCCCCAAUGGCACUAUUCAGCUGGCCAGCCCUGGGUCAGAGGGCUUCCAGGGCCUGCAGACCCUUACCAUGACCAACUCCGGCUCAGCUCAACAGGGCACCACCAUCCUUCAGUACGCCCAGACGCCAGACGGACAGCAGAUAUUGGUGCCCAGCAACCAGGUGGUCGUACAAAGUGCAGGAGGAGAGAUGCAGACAUAUCAGAUUCGCACAGCGCCCACAUCCAGUUCCAUUCCUCAGACCGUGGUUAUGACUUCCCCUGCAGGACUGUCUCAGGGCAAGAGUGAUGACCCCUCUAUGAAGAGAGAAAUCCGCCUGGCAAAGAACAGAGAAGCGGCCCGUGAGUGUCGUAGGAAGAAGAAAGAAUACGUCAAGUGUCUGGAAAACCGAGUAGCUGUUCUAGAGAACCAGAACAAAACCCUUAUUGAGGAGCUGAAGACGUUAAAGGACCUUUACUGUGUCAAAACAGGAUAACCUGGCCAGACAUUCAAAUGAAUAGGACUAAUACAAAUAGGUCUUGGAAAUGGCUACAGCGCUACUCACCUGGACAACAGAGGGUUAACCGGGAACACCUUACACUUUGCAUUAGAUAUCCUUGUCUUCAGUUUUUGUGUUUUAUACAAUAUUUUGUUUUAACAAAUGUCGAGUGAGGGUUGGCAAUGGGAAGCUCCCAUUCUAAAAGACAAUGAUAGUGUGAAAUAAGACUUUUUUCCUUGUCUUUUUAUUGAGCUACUGGAAGAAUGACUAACGCUUAACUGUUUAUAUUUGUGAAUAUUGUGUGAGCGCGCACGAGGCUUGAUAUGUAAUCACUGACACUCAAUUUUGUUCCUUUAGUUUUAUAUCAGCUUCUGAUUGUCCCAUCUUUUGAAGUUUUAUGGUAGAAACCUGCUGAUUCCCACUGCAACAUGUAAUGCAGAUUUUUGACUGUGUUAAAACUAUGAUGUGAUUCAAGUUCAUUUUAUGUGAUCCCUAAACGUCCACACCCUAGUCCCCAUGAGAUAAAAUGUUACAGUUGCCAUUCCUUAUUAGUGCAAAGGGAUAUUAGAAAACAUUGUGUACACCUAACUUGGCUGUUACUUGGACAAUCUAUCAGGGAGAGAGUGCACAAUGUCAGGGUAAUAUUUAUUUUCUAUAUCUUAAGGCGGCAGGCUGGGGGGCACACACACAAAACAAACAAGGGAAUACAAAAGCAAUCGCUCAUUCUGUAAGUAAUAUGAAAUAAAUAUUUUUUCAUUCUUUACAUAUUGAACCUAAUAGAUUACUCACUGUACAGUGACACUUUGUAAUAAACCUUUUAACCCUA